ACCAUGGAUGAGAAUAACGCAGAAGCAGGUCGUAGCAAUGGGUCAUUGGGCAACGCAAAUGAAGACUUGCCAUGCGAAAUAUUACAGGUCCCCAAAACAGAAUUAGCGUCGACUACAGCAGAAGCGGCCAGUUCCUUAUUCCCCGCUACUAGAAAAGCUGGAGGGAGAAUAAGGGGUUCGGGAUCAAAGUUGAAGUCGCCUUCAAAGCCCAAAAACUCAAUUAACCGAAGGAAGCCCAAUUCUAGAUCAAUGUCCAGAACGCGCAAGAUCAAGAGCACGCCGACAGCUAGAUCGCGCGACAGGAAGACCACCUCAACGGGCCUCAAGAAACCCAAUGUGAACUGCGUGAGCCGUAAGCGUAACUCUCGAAUCAGCAUUAAACACAAUAAAGGUUGCAGACCUAAUCUAACUAUGAACAAAGCAUAUUUGCAAUUUUUACGGGAAUAUUGCGAAAGACCACAAGCGCUGUCAGGACCGGAUCUUGCACAAAAGGCCGCGCGCGCCUGGUGUCGCCUAUCCGAUGUGAAGAAACAGAAAUUUCUGGCGAGGCGCACAAAGAAAAUUUGUAAAAAAGCCCGAUUUUGUGCAAUUCAAUAGAGCUGAGCUGUGCUGAGAUGUGCUGUGAAGAUCGCAAAAAAAGUCUAUCGAAUACUGUUCCGGAUCUAUUAAAAAAGCCACAACCAAUUAAACUUUAAAGCUACAAAAAA